CUCAUCUCUUCAAUUUCGUGGCCAUUUCUCCUCCCAAAGAUUUGAAAAUUCCCUUGAAGUUGUUGAUGAUGAUGAUGGCGUCCAGAAAAGAGAAGACCCUUUCAUGUCUGGAACAGGAAUCCAAGAUAAAUGAGGUUAAGAAGAUGAUUGGUCCUAUUGUCGAUAAGUUUCCGGUUCUGUGUUCCGAUUCAUCAAUUCAUAGGUAUCUAAGAGCAAGGAAUUGGAACACGAAGAAAGCAAUCAAGAUGUUAAAGGAGACUAUUAAAUGGAGAUUGGAAUAUAGACCAGAUAAGAUCAAAUGGGAUGACAUUGCUGGUGAAGCUGAGCAAGGAAGACUUUAUAUAGCUAAUUAUUUGGACAAAUUCUCAAGAACUGUGCUUGUUAUGAGACCAGGUUUACAGAGCAAGUUGACUUAUCCGGCUAUGCAACUCAAGCACUUGGUUUAUUGCUUUGAGAGAGCCAUAAUGGCAUUACCAACCGAUCAAGAACAAAUGGUGUGGCUCAUUGAUUUUCAAGGAUGGAACAUGUCUAAAGCAUCGGUUAAGAUGACGAAAGAUGCGGCUCGUGUAUUGCAAAAUUGUUAUCCGGAGAGGUUGGGUCUUGCACUACUAUACAAUCCUCCUAAAGUUUUUGAGUCCUUUUGGAUGAUGGUGAAGCCAUUUCUUGAGCCAAAAACAUAUAGGAAAGUGAAGUUUGUGUUCUCAAACCACCCACAAGGCCAAAAGACAAUGGAAGACUUAUUUGAUGUUGACAAGCUUGAGCCAAUAUUUGGUGGCAAAAGCGAAAAGGGUUUUGACUAUGAAGCAUAUGCUAAACAAAUGAAAGAGGAGAACAUAAAAUUGUUUGAUUCUGAAACCACAAUAAGCGAGUUACAACAGCUUGCUAGUAAUGGUGGAAAUGAGAAGUUGGAGCUUUUCGAAGAUGAUCAUGACGAUAAAGAUGAAAACGAAGAUGAAGAUGAAGAUGAUAGUGAAGAACUUUCAAACAAUGACAAUUCUUUAUCAAGCUUUGAAGGUAUUAUUGAUCAUAAAAAAGUUGAUGCUCUCAUUUGCUGCCAAGAAAAGAAUAAUGAAGUUGAAAAUAAAAUGGAAGAAGCAAUAUGUUUGAUGAGUGAGGAGAAGAGAGAUGUCCCCACAAAAUAGGAUUCUUCCUCUUUUCUUUUGACAAGCUAGGAUUCUUGCAUUAUUUUAUCUAUUUGAAUUGAUAUUUAUGUUCAAAAUUGUUCUCAAUGAUUUCUACUUGUUUGCCAUUGAUAUUUCACUCCAAAAGAAUUUGAGGCUAUAGUGUUCCCAUUUGAAGAAAAUUUGUCAAAUUUGAGUUA